GCCUGAUGCAAAACGAGUUAACACGUGGUCCAACGGUAACUCAGGAUAGUCUAUUCUGAUUUGUUCGAUCGCUUCAACCGGCGAAGGCGGACCAAACCCUAUCCACGAAGGUCUUUGCGAUGCUAUUGGGUGCUCGAUUCAUCGAUCGCUGCUGCCUUCAUCGACCUAUUGUCUGUCUCUCUCGUCGCUUCAAAUUCUCUUCCCCAGCGAAGCCUCAGGACUCACAUUGUGUAGAAAAGGACUGUGAUGAUUUUUUACCAUGGCUGGAGCAGAAGGCUGGGGUUGAAAUUUCAUCAGUGCUUUCAAUUGGGAAAUCCACUUAUGGCAGGUCCUUGUUUGCUUCUAAGUCAAUACAAACUGGAGACUGCAUACUGAAGGUUCCUUAUAAUGUGCAAAUAUCACCAGAUAAUGUUCCUUCAAAAAUUAAUUCUUUGUUAGGUGAUGAGGUUGGAAAUAUUGCAAAGCUUGCUAUAGUCAUCUUAGUGGAGUGGAAAAUGGGUCAGGAUUCUGAAUGGGCCCCUUAUAUCAACCGUCUCCCUCAGCCUGGGGAAAUGCAUAGCACAGUAUUCUGGAGUGAAGGCGAGUUGAAGAUGAUUCAACAAAGUUCAGUAUAUCAGGAGACUAUUAACCAAAAGGCUCAAAUUCAGAAGGACUUUUUGGCAAUUAAACCUGUUCUGCAUCACUUCUCUGAAAAUCUUUUUAAGGAUAUCUCAUUGAAGGAAUUCAUGCAUGCAUGUGCUUUAGUUGGAUCUUGGGCAUGGGGGAGCACAAAGGGUCUCUCUUUGAUUCCGUUUGCAGAUUUUGUAAAUCAUGAUGGGUUUUCAGAAUCAGUUUUAUUGGGUGAUGAGGACAAGCAAUUGUCAGAGGUCAUUGCUGAUCGUAAUUAUGCUCCGGGUGAACAGGUUCUGAUACGAUAUGGAAAAUUUCCAAAUGCCACCCUCCUGCUGGACUUUGGGUUUACGCUUCCAUACAACAUUUAUGACCAGGUCCAGAUUCAGGUCAAUAUACCUCAUCAUGAUCUUCUACGCACACUGAAGUUGGAACUUCUUCAUAGACAUUGUCCACCAAAAAUUGGAGAUGUCAAUAGCUUCAGCUCUAUGGGGAAUUUGUUUACAAUCAAGGAAGUGAAGUCAACUAGAGGAAAAGGGAGGGGAAUUCCACAAUCCCUGCGUGCAUUUGCUCGUAUUUUCUGUUGCACCUCUCAUCAAGAACUAAGUGAUUUGGCUGUGGAAGCUGCACAAAAUGAUGGCCGGCUGGCUCGGCGUCCGUUAAAGAGCUGGAAUAGAGAGAUCCAAGCACAUCAGGUCUUGUUGUCAUGGAUUACUCAGUUAAUCAAUGAGUAUAAUACAUCUAUUAAGUCACUGCCUCCUGCUUCUCCCUUGUAUAAAACUUUUGCUCUUCGAAAGCAAAUGGCUCGAGAUCUCCUCACCGGUGAGCUUCGCGUUCUGAAAUCUGCUGGUGCAUGGCUGGAGAACUACUGUGCAACCUUAACCACCAAAAGCUACUUUAGUGAUGAGAAUGGCGGUUCAGAAACUGUUCUGGGCAGUCGAGCAAAGUUUUGAACCGGAAAGAGCAGAACCUGUUGAAGCAGAGGUACUAGUAAAUUUUUUUGUGAAACUGCAUGUUGGAAAUCAUCAUAUACGCCAUUUGUAAGGUUAGAAUAGUAUUGAGGCUACGGGCAUGCUCCAUGCCCUUACAAAGUUUUGCUGAGUCGGCUUUUGAGGUUAGUCACAGGGGGAGAUGAGGUGUUCUUAAGCAAUAGAAUAUGAAAAUAAAUGAAAAUUUCACUUCUUCUUAGGCUUAAAGCAAAUAGCCCCACUUCAUUGAAA